AUGCACGGCACAGUUUCACGGGCACGGCGCCGCGGUCCGACCGGCACGCGGCCCCUCCGUCGUCGCCGCGGCCGCGUGUGCACGAAACCGUACGCUCGGCCGUGGUUUCGCUGGAUACCCGACCCGGACCGAGUGGCUACGACUCGCACGGCUGGGGCGCCCGUCCGACGCCGACUAGGAAGAGAUUAUCCCCGGUCGAUGCACGGCACAGUUUCACGGGCACGGCGCCGCGGUCCGACCGUCACGCGGGGCCCCUCGUCGUCGCCGCGGCCGCGUGUGCACGAAACCGUACGCUCGGCUGUGGUUUCGCUAGAUACCCGACCCGGCCCGGGUGCCUACGACUCGCACGGCUGGGGCGGCCGUCCGACGCCGAUAGGAGAGAUUAUCCCCGGUCGAUGCACGGCACAGUUUCACGGGCACGGCGCCGCGGUCCGACCGGCACGCGGCCCCUCCGUCGUCGCCGCGGCCGCGUGUGCACGAAACGUACGCUCGGCCGUGGUUUCGCUGAUACCCGACCGGACCGAGUGGCUACGACUCGCACGGCUGGGGCGCCCGUCCGACGCCGACUAG